UAGAGAUAUAACCUGACGAAAUUACAUAUUUAACAUUGUGAGCAGUUCUGUUGACGUGGAUUGAUUUGACGAGUCUUUUUUCAUCAUGGCAUUUGGACUAUUUAAACGUGUUACAUCAUUAGAGGCAUGUUUCGUUCCAUCUAUACAGGCUGUGUCGUCGUGUAUUUUCUUGAUGUUAUUUUUGAUUCAAGUCGAUGCACAGAUCCGCUACUCAAUCCCAGAGGAGAUGAGGAAGGGCUCUCUUAUUGGUAACGUCGCACAGGACUUGGGUUUGGACAUAAAAAGGCUUCGUUCAGGCCGAGCUCGUAUCGUGACGGGAGAAAAUGUUCAGUACGCCGAGCUGAAGACAGACAAAGGGACUCUGGUGGUGAAUGAGAGGAUAGACAGAGAGCAGCUCUGUGGAGACGUGACGCCCUGCAGCUUCACCUUUGAGAUUUUACUGGAAAACCCGAUGGAGUUACACCCCGUGACUAUAGAGGUGCUGGAUGUAAAUGACAAUGCGCCCACUUUUGAGAGUAAACAGCUGGAUUUUGAAAUCAGUGAAGCACGAAUGAUCGGGUCGCGCUUUGACUUGGAGGCUGCACGUGAUGCCGAUGUGGGGGAGAAUGGAUUACAAAACUAUAUUUUGUCUCCAAAUGAUAAUUUCGCUUUAAAGCAGCACGUUAAUCCUGACGGUACAAAAUAUAGUGUAAUGGUCCUUCAGAACGCGUUAGACAGAGAAACACAACCGCGUCUUAAUCUUAAACUAGUGGCUGUUGACGGGGGGAGUCCGCAGAGAUCAGGAACAGUAAAUAUAAAUAUAGUUGUCUUAGAUAACAAUGACAACGCCCCUGUGUUUAAUCAGAGCAUUUAUAAAGCAUCCGUGACUGAAAAUUCUCCCAAAGGCACUCAUGUCGUGACGGUGAACGCCACUGAUAUUGACAUGGGGGCAAACGGAAAAGUGACGUACUCUUUUUCAAAAUCUAAGUCGCCAAAAGGUGAUUACUUUAAAAUAAGUCAAACUACUGGAGCAAUUUUGGUCGAAAAAAGCAUGGACUUUGAAAAGGAUAAUAAGUUUGAGUUCAGGGUAGAAGCCAAAGACCAAGGUGGACUCACUGACACUUGUGAAGUUGAAAUACAUAUUAUUGACGUCAAUGAUAAUGCACCGAUUAUUAAUGUGAUGUCCUUCACUAGCCCUGUGUCAGAGGACUCUCCCGUAGGCACUACCAUCGGCAUAAUUAAUGUUAAAGAUUUGGAUUCAGGUGAAAACGGACAGGUGAGGUGCGCAGUGGAAGGAAGCGCUCCCGUUGAAUUGAAAUCCAAUGUUAGAAACUAUUACGCGCUGGUAACUAAUGCGCCAUUUGACCGAGAAAGUCUGUCAGAAUUUAACAUCACAGUAAUCGCGUCAGACUCAGGAAAGCCUCCACUCUCUGUAGCAAAAACGUUUCAUCUAAAAGUCUCAGAUGUGAAUGAUAACCCUCCAGUGUUCACACGUGCGCUCUACGACGCAACAAUAACAGAGAAUAACUCCCCCAGUCAUUACGUGCUCAGUGUAACUGCCAAAGACCCGGAUGAAAACCAGAACGCGCGUGUGUCAUACAUUUUAGAGGAGUGUGCCAUUGGUGGGUCUCCUGUUUCUGGUUAUAUCUCUAUUAACUCAGAAAACGGAGUUAUUAGUGCCGCGCGCUCCUUUGACUAUGAACAAACCAAAGAGUUUGUGUGCGUAAUCAAAGCGCAGGACGGAGGCUCUCCUCCUCUCAGCAGCAACGUGACUGUGAAAAUCCUGGUUCAGGACCAGAACGACAACGCCCCUCAGGUGCUGUACCCAGUCCAGACUGGGGGCUCUCUGGUGGCUGAGAUGGUGCCUCGUUCAGCAGAUGUGGGCUAUCUGGUCACUAAAGUGGUGGCUGUGGAUGUGGACUCUGGACAGAAUGCCUGGCUCUCCUAUAAACUGCAGAAAGCCGCGGACAGGGCGCUGUUUGAAGUGGGCUCACAGAAUGGAGAAAUAAGAACUAUCCGCCAAGUGACUGAUAAAGAUGCAGUGAAACAGAGACUGACUGUUAUAGUGGAGGACAACGGGCAGCCCUCUCGUUCAGCUACAGUCAUUGUUAACGUGGCGGUGGCGGACAGCUUUCCUGAAGUACUGUCUGAGUUCACUGACUUUACGCACGACAAGGAGUACAAUGACAACCUGACUUUUUACUUAGUGCUGGCUCUGGCUGUAGUCUCCUUUCUGUUCAUCACGUGUGUAGUGGUCAUUAUAUCAGUGAAAAUCUACAGAUGGAGACAGUCUCGCAUCCUGUAUCACUCCAAUCUGCCAGUGAUCCCAUAUUAUCCUCCACGUUACUCAGACACUCUGGGCACAGGGACCCUCCCACACGUGUACAAUUAUGACACGUGCAGGACCACAGACUCCAGAAAGAGUGACAUUAAAUACAUGCAGCCGAUGAGUCAAAGUCUGGUCAGUGUUGAUGACGUCGGUGCUGAUUCUGCGCAGAAUGGACAUCAGAGAUCAGCAAACUCUACAUUGUCUUUUUUCAUCAUGGCAUUUGGACUAUUUAAACGUGUUACAUCAUUAGAGGCAUGUUUCGUUCCAUCUAUACAGGCUGUGUCGUCGUGUAUUUUCUUGAUGUUAUUUUUGAUUCAAGUCGAUGCACAGAUCCGCUACUCAAUCCCAGAGGAGAUGAGGAAGGGCUCUCUUAUUGGUAACGUCGCACAGGACUUGGGUUUGGACAUAAAAAGGCUUCGUUCAGGCCGAGCUCGUAUCGUGACGGGAGAAAAUGUUCAGUACGCUGAGCUGAAGACAGACAAAGGGACUCUGGUGGUGAAUGAGAGGAUAGACAGAGAGCAGCUCUGUGGAGACGUGACGCCCUGCAGCUUCACCUUUGAGAUUUUACUGGAAAACCCGAUGGAGUUACACCCCGUGACUAUAGAGGUGCUGGAUGUAAACGACAAUGCGCCCACUUUUCAGAGUAAACAGCUGGAUUUUGAAAUCGGUGAAACAGCAAUAAUAGGAUCGCGCUUUGACUUGGAAGCUGCACGUGAUGCUGAUGUGGGAGAGAAUGGAUUACAAAACUAUAUAUUGACUCCGAAUGAUAAUUUCGCUUUAAAGCAGCAUGUUAAUCCUGACGGUACUAAAUAUAGUGUAAUGGUCCUUCAGAACGCGUUAGACAGAGAAACACAUCCGCGCCUUAAUCUAAAACUAGUGGCUGUUGACGGAGGAAGUCCGCAGAGAUCAGGAACAGUAAAUAUAAAUAUAAUUGUCUUAGAUGCCAAUGACAACGCCCCUGUGUUUAAUCAGAGCAUUUAUAAAGCAUCCGUGACUGAAAAUUCUCCCAAAGGCACUCAUGUCGUGACGGUGAACGCCACUGAUAUUGACAUGGGGGCAUAUGGAAAAGUGACGUACUCUUUUUCAAAAUCUAAGCCGCCAAAAGGUGAUUACUUUAAAAUAAAUCAAACUACUGGAACAAUUUUGGUCGAAAAAAGCAUGGACUUUGAAAAGGAUAAUAAGUUUGAGUUCAGGGUAGAAGCCAAAGACCAAGGUGGACUCACUGACACUUGUGAAGUUGAAAUACAUAUUAUUGACGUCAAUGAUAAUGCACCGAUUAUUAAUGUGAUGUCAUUCACUAGCCCUGUGUCAGAGGACUCUCCCGUAGGCACUACCAUCGGUAUAAUUAAUGUUAAAGAUUUGGAUUCAGGUGAAAACGGACAGGUGAGGUGCGCAGUGGAAGGAAGCGCUCCCGUUGAAUUGAAAUCCAAUGUUAGAAACUAUUACGCGCUGGUAACUAAUGCGCCAUUUGACCGAGAAAGUCUGUCAGAAUUUAACAUCACAGUAAUCGCGUCAGACUCAGGAAAGCCUCCACUCUCUGCAGCAAAAACGUUUAAUCUAAAAGUCUCAGAUGUGAAUGAUAACCCUCCAGUGUUCACGCGUGCACUCUACGACGCAACAAUAACAGAGAAUAACUCCCCCAGUCAUUAUGUGCUCAGUGUAACUGCCAAAGACCCGGAUGAAAACCAGAACGCGCGUGUGUCGUACAUUUUAGAGGAGUGUGCCAUUGGUGGGUCUCCUGUUUCUGGUUAUAUCUCUAUUAACUCAGAAAACGGAGUUAUUAGUGCCGCGCGCUCCUUUGACUAUGAACAAACCAAAGAGUUUGUGUGCGUAAUCAAAGCGCAGGACGGAGGCUCUCCUCCUCUCAGCAGCAACGUGACUGUGAAAAUCCUGGUUCAGGACCAGAACGACAACGCCCCUCAGGUGCUGUACCCAGUCCAGACUGGGGGCUCUCUGGUGGCUGAGAUGGUGCCUCGUUCAGCAGAUGUGGGCUAUCUGGUCACUAAAGUGGUGGCUGUGGAUGUGGACUCUGGACAGAAUGCCUGGCUCUCCUAUAAACUGCAGAAAGCCGCAGACAGGGCGCUGUUUGAAGUGGGCUCACAGAAUGGAGAAAUAAGAACUAUCCGCCAAGUGACUGAUAAAGAUGCAGUGAAACAGAGACUGACUGUUAUAGUGGAGGACAACGGGCAGCCCUCUCGUUCAGCUACAGUCAUUGUUAACGUGGCGGUGGCGGACAGCUUUCCUGAAGUACUGUCUGAGUUCACUGACUUUACGCACGACAAGGAGUACAAUGACAACCUGACUUUUUACUUAGUGCUGGCUCUGGCUGUAGUCUCCUUUCUGUUCAUCACGUGUGUAGUGGUCAUUAUAUCAGUGAAAAUCUACAGAUGGAGACAGUCUCGCAUCCUGUAUCACUCCAAUCUGCCAGUGAUCCCAUAUUAUCCUCCACGUUACUCAGACACUCUGGGCACAGGGACCCUCCCACACGUGUACAAUUACGACACGUGCAGGACCACAGACUCCAGAAAGAGUGACAUUAAAUACAUGCAGCCGAUGAGUCAAAGUUUGGUCAGUGUUGAUGACGUCGGUGCUGAUUCUGCGCAGAAUGGACAUCAGAGAUCAGCAAACUCUACAUUGUGGCUAAUAGUUUCGGGUUUUGUCCUCAUAGUGACGCUGUUGUCCUGUGAGUCGUUUAGAGCGUUCUGUGGAUCUGUGUUAUUCCCUCCCAUCACUGCGUUUUGUCUCGAGGAGCACAGCGGCUUUUCAGUCCGCCUUCACCUCUACAAUACAGAUAUAACCUGA